AUGUUCAUCAGACUGCCUAUUAAUGGUUUGACUCUGGCAGUCACUUACAAGCACAAGAAGCUAAGACAACCUCUCAAGUACAUUUCAAUGAACCUGGCAAUGGCCAACCUGUUCAUGAUUCUCUUUGGGCUUGUGGCUGAGAAGUAAGUCACCCACGUGGUAAUUUUAAUGGUCAUUGGUUUUCUGACUGCUUGGUUACCAUAUGCCACCACUGCAUUUUGGUUCUUCAUGAACCAAGGAGCGGAGUUUUCCGCUAUGCAUAUGACAGUUCCUUCAUUCCUCUCCAAAAGUUCAGCAAUAUAUAAUCCAAUUAUCUAUGUGUUAAUGAACAAGCAGGUACAAUUUUUAAUCUGUUUAUGCAUAAGAAUGGAGCACCAACAUUAUUUAAUGAGAGGAAAACUAACUCAAAUGUUAUGGUCUUCUUUCUUAAUGGUCCUGUAUUAG